AUGAUGAAUUAUGCGAAGCUGAAGAGAAAUAGUAGGCCCAGGCUUGACCGCCGGAACGCCAAUAAUAACAUUAACUACGAAGCCUCAGAUUCUCCGUCCACCUCGUCGUCUUCGUUUGAGGAUUCCUCUUCAUCGUUACAUCGACGGCUUCAAUCUCUAGAUCAUUUAUCUAGCUUCAGAGUCGAAGGGGUUGAUGGAGAGUUUGAUCUCAUUUGCCGGUCUUUAGGGCUUUCUGGACCGGAGGACUUCUCUAUUCCUCUUGCCGCCUGGGAAGCCAGUAAAACUUCGUCUCCUUCAGCUGAUUUCAGGAGUUCCAGGCUACGGAAUAAUUUUGGGGGCGCGAAUUUGGCUGACAGUCCGAAGCUGUCGGAUAGUUUUGCGGCUAGGGUUACGGUUAGGGACGAUGAUGGGGACACGGCUGAGUUGAGGGGUGAUGUAAAAGUUGUUGAAAUUGAUAAGGAUGAGUUUCGUGUGGAUGAAUUGCAUCGGGAAGGCAUUAGAGGUUUUAGGCCCUCUAAAUUGGCUCCUCCGCCGGUGAGUACCCAGAGGCCGGCGGAUUAUGUGAGUUCAACUUGGGAUAUAUUUAGGGAUUUUGGUCCUCCGGUUGAUGAGGAGUCAAAUGAAUCUAGUCAUAGUAGAGAAGGAAAUGACGUGGAGGAGGUGGAAAAUCAUACUGCCGCGGUUUCAGAAUCUUGUUCUGAAUCAUCAAACGAUGAGGGUGAUACUGAUGAUAAUUCAGUUAAUUUGGCGGAAGCUGUGUAUAGCGUUUCACCCACUGUUACAUCCAGGCGCAGAAUCACUUCUUGGCAAAAGGGAGACUUCCUUGGAAGUGGUUCCUUUGGAACUGUUUAUGAAGGUUUUACCGAUGAUGGGUUCUUCUUUGCUGUCAAGGAGGUUUCUUUACUUGAUCAAGGAAGCCAAGGCAGGCAAAGCAUUUAUCAACUUGAACAGGAAAUUUCUCUUUUAAGCCAAUUCCAGCACGAAAAUAUCGUACGGUAUCAUGGUACCGAGAAGGAUGACAGCAAACUCUACAUAUUUUUAGAGCUUGUCACUAAGGGCUCUCUUUUAAGUCUCUACCAAAAAUACACGCUGCGGGAUUCUAUAGUAUCUGUUUACACAAGGCAAAUAUUGAGCGGAUUAGAUUAUCUUCAUAAAAGAAAUGUGGUCCACAGGGAUAUUAAAUGUGCCAAUAUAUUGGUUCACGUUAGUGGAUCAGUGAAACUUGCAGAUUUUGGGUUGGCAAAGGCCACUACAUUGAAUGACAUCAAAUCCUGCAAAGGGACUGCAUUUUGGAUGGCUCCAGAGGUUGUGAAUGGAAAAACUAAUGGGUAUGGACCUGCUGCUGAUAUAUGGAGCCUUGGGUGCACAGUUUUGGAGAUGUUAACUGGUCGAAUUCCAUACUCGCAUCUGGAAGGGAUGCAAGCAUUGUUCAGAAUUGGCAGGGGUGAACCUCCUCAAAUUCCUAAUUCAUUAUCAACAGAAGCUCAGGAUUUUCUACUCAAAUGUUUUCAAGUCAAUCCUGCUGCACGACCUACUGCAGCUGAAUUAUUGGAUCAUCCAUUUGUUAAGAAGCCAUCAUUGACAUUCCGAAGCCCUGUAUCUCCAAGGCCAUGA